AUGACUGAUACUAAUAAGAGAUAUCUUAUCGCCAGAAAACUAAGAUAUUUAUAUUCAGGUGAUGUUUGGUUCAGAGUAAACAUAGGAAUAUGCUAUUCUUGCAAUCAACUUGUCUAUUCCAAAUUAAGAAGUGGAUACGAGUAUUUCCAUGCAUUCUUUAUGAAUAAGCAUUGGCGUACAAAUUGUACCAGAAACGAAUAUUGUGAUAUGAGUUUUGAAGACUACAUGAAGCUGAAAAAUAAUCCACCACCUUGCUAUUUCACAAAGAAGGCAAUCCGUCAAUAUGAGAUGUGGCUGGAAAAUGUAUCAAAUAGGAUUCGACAUAUCAGGCAAAAGCAUAAGAUGCAAAGUAAUAGAUACUAUUCCUAUAGGACAGAUAAGUCACGUUCAUUGACCCCUCCUCCUUUGCCACCAAAGCCUAUUGCAUUAAUGGGUGGUCUUGAGAGAUAUCCUAUGCGACAUAAUGCAAGUGCACCUGAAAUUUCAGUCUAUAGAUUUGAGAGAAGCUGUAUCUUGAUUGAUGCUGAGGAAUAUUUUAAUUCU